AUGGAACGAACAAAUGUCCUGACUCCUGAGUGUUUCCUCAAGGACAAAGAAGGGAAGAUCACUGAUGAGAUCAACCGGGAAUAUGAAGCUUGGAUACUUCAAGAUCAGACGGUGUUGAGUUGGAUCAAUGGAUCCCUAACCCCUUCAGUCCUCGCUACCGUCUCUCGCUCUACUUCUUCAGCAGCCACAUGGAAGGCUCUUGAGAAGCGUUAUGCUUCUCAAUGCCAAAAUCGCAUCCUUCAACUUCGAAGCGAACUUCUCCGCACUAUGCGUGGUGAUCUCUCUAUCUCAGAUUUCUUGGAUAAAAUUAAUGGUGUUGCUGACAACCUUGCACUUGCUGGUAAUCCUGUCUCUGAAACUGAUUUGGUUUCGAUUAUAAUGAAUAAUGUUGGUUCUGUUUAUGAGACUACUGUCAAUUCUGCACAAGCCAGAGAUACUCCUAUUACAUAUGAUGCUCUGGAGGCCUUGUUGUUAAGUGCCGAACACAGGCUGCAAAAUCAAAAUGUUCUUGGAGUUGAUACUAGAGCUACAACCCUUCAUGCUUCCCGAUCACGUGGUGGUGGCUGUGGUCGAGGAACCUAUUCAAGUGGGGGACGUGGCAUGUCUACCCGAGGUGGUGCAUCCUUUGCUCGCAAUCCAUCUUCCUCCUUUAAUGGUGGACGUGGUGUUCCUCUCACACCCUCAAUUCUUGGUCCAGGACGUGUUCCUACAAAACGUCUCUCUGCUAUGGCUGCUCAACUCACUGAUCACUUUGACAAUAGCACUUGGCUGCUAGACACUAGUGCCAACUCUCAUAUCACUACAGAUGUGGGAAACCUGGAAAAUCCUCAAGCAUACAAUGGUUCUGACAGUGUUGGUGGAGUAGUUGAUGGUUCAGGAUCUCGCGACGGGGAAGACGCUUUUGCAGGGAAAAUGUAG